AUGGAAAAUAGAAUUGCGCCAGAAAUACCAGGUAUUGUUCAACCUGGUAACGUAACACAGGACUUGAAAGGGGUACUAUGUAAACUCCUAAACUCUCCUAAGCCUGUCAAAACAUUCCCAGGUUCGCAACCAGUUUCAUUCCAACAUUCAGAUAUUCAAGAUAAACUUCUCACUCAGGACUACUAUGUAUGCGAAAAGACUGACGGGUUACGUGUUCUAAUGUUGAUUAUAGUGAAUAAUAUGACCGGAGAACAAGGUUGUUUCAUGAUAGACAGAGAAAAUAAUUACUUUAUGGUAUCUGGUUUCAGAUUCCCUAAACUACCUGGCAAAAAGAAAGAAGAAUUACUAGAAACUUUACAAGAUGGAACUCUACUAGACGGUGAAUUGGUUAUUCAAACUAAUCCGGUCACAAAAUUACAAGAAUUAAGAUACCUGAUGUUCGACUGUCUCGCUAUCAAUGGUAGAUGUUUAACGUCAUCUCCAACCAGUUCUAGAUUGGCACAUUUAGGAAAAGAAUUCUUCAAACCGUAUUAUGACUUAAGAGCUUUUUAUGCAGAUCGUUGUUCCACUUUCCCAUUUAAAUUAUCAAUGAAGCAUAUGGAUUUUAGUUACCAAUUAACAAAAGUGGCAAAUAGUUUAGAACAUCUCCCUCAUAUGUCUGAUGGUCUGAUAUUUACACCUGUUAGGACUGCAUAUUCUAUUGGUGGUAAGGAUUCUUUACUUCUAAAGUGGAAACCAAAACAGGAAAAUACUGUAGAUUUCAAAUUAAUACUGGAAAUUCCAAUGGCAGAAGAUACAUCUUUACCUAAAAGGGAUUCUAAUAGAUGGUACUAUAAUUACGACCAAAAACCUACAUUCCAUUUAUACGUAUGGUUAGGUGGUCCGGAUGUCAACACAAAGCUAAAGGUUUUUGACAAACCUUUUGAUGGUAAGGAACUACAAUUACUUGAGAAAACUUAUAAAAGGUUUGCUGAAUUACAAAUUGAUGAUACAAAAUGGGAAGAAUUAAAAAAUCUACAACAACCUAUAAACGGUAGAAUUGUAGAAUGUGCGAAGAACCAAGAAACUGGUGAGUGGUCAAUGUUAAGAUUCAGAGAUGACAAACUAAACGGUAAUCAUACUUCUGUUGUACAGAAAGUUCUAGAAAGUAUAAAUGAUGCUGUCUCUAUCGACGAUUUGAACGAGAUUGUUCCUGAUAUUAAAAAUGCUUGGGAAGCCCGUAAAACUAAUGGUAAGACUCAAUCGGGAUCAUAUGGAGGACCAUCUUCUUCAACGGCAUCUCAACACACCUCAAAUAACGCAGCUCCGCAGCAACCUAAAUACGUUGAUGAUGAGGAUGAUUGGUUUGAUUAA